AUGCGUGAAAUUGAACAAGAAGCAAUUAAUUUUUUCAAAAAGCAAUUAACGAAACGUGAAGAAGAAUGGUUACCUAUUGUUAGUGUUGCUGGACAUGCUUCUCAAGCUAGUGCUGAUGUUCGAAAAUAUGUUGGACCGCAAAAUGAAUUUAAAAUCUUUCUUUCACGCUACCCCCAUAUAUUCGUUGUCCGGGACGAUUUUUGUGGUUUAAGAGGUAAGGCAGAUAUGCCUGGUAUACCAUUUCCACCUCCGUCGCCUCCACCAAAGCGACGCGUGGCGCUGAUGAAUAAUAACAUUAUCAAUACGAAUGGAACUAAUCUCAUGUUAACACGCUCAACAUCGUUUAAAACCAGUUCACGCCCAAUGACAGGCGUUUUAAACAAUGGUUCCAUGCCGAGUACACCAACAAGUAACAUAAAUCCAUCAAUGUUAUUAUCAACGUCAUCGUCAGUAUCAUCGUCCUCAACACCGACGCGAAAUUCAUCUCCACGUUUGACACCGAACGAAGUCAAAGCAGUGCAUUAUGUCAUGCGUUUAUUGCAUAAAAAUGGCCAUAUUCUUCUUCAAAAUGUUCCCGGAUUGAUCGCUCGUGCACCCGAUCAUCUUGCUCAAUUAAUUGGUUUUACACGUGACGAUUUAAUCGCAUUUUUCAAACGACAUAAUGCAAUAUUUCAAUUACACAUCGAUGGAACUGUGAGUGUGAAAUCAGAUGCUGUACGAGCAUUAUUGAAUAAAAGCGAAAAUACGCAAAUUUCACCGACAUCUCUUCAAAUGAAUUUAACGCAACCACCAACGUCCAUCACAGCAUCGGGCGUUGUUAUUCGUAUUUUCCCUAAAUAUGGUAUCUUGAAUAUGGAUAACAACGAACAAGUCUUUUUCGAUAUCCAAUCAUGUCAUUUCGAAACAUUUAAUGAUUUGACAUGCGUGCUCAGUCCCGGCGAUUCGAUGAAUUUUAACGCUAUUCUUGGUCCUAAAGAAGGUUCAACGAAAUGGAAAUCAUUGAAAACAUGGCCGCGUCAGAACAAUCGUCCAGCUCAAUUAAUCCCUUCGACCAAUUCCAAUUCGCCAUUAUCGCACAUGGUUCAUUCGACCAGUGCUAAUAAUCUGUCAUCGAUUUCGUCUGGCAAUGGUGGUUACAUCUCUCCGCCAUCCUAUGAACAUUAUGCAGCAUUUCAACAACAUCAAAAUGCUACUCCGUCAAACGGCUAUGCAACUAUCGAUCAAGACUUAAACGCUUAUCAAAUGUGCAAUGAUAGUAACGGUGGACUUGAUGAAUCCUUUGAUAAUAAUAAUAAUACUAUUAACGGCAGUCAAUCCCCACCGAUGUCAUUGAUGAAUUCGACCGGUUCAAAUCGACAUAGUCGUUUGUUUCUACCACCAGUUGACGAAGAACAAUGUCCAUUACCAAAGAUGGCUGGUGGUCUUGAUGCCGAAGUUCUUCGUCGAAAUCUACAGCUAGUAGCUCGGCGUAAAAAUGCCAUCUCAUUACGUGAACUAGCUGAUGAAACAGGUCGAUAUGUCUCUCAAGGUUGUCAAACGACGUCAACAGGAGAAAUUCUGGCGACGAACAUACAUAUCGAAUAG